AUGGGAAAUGGUUCAGUGAAACCCAAGCAUUCCAAGCAUCCAGAUGGCCACUCGGGGAACCUCACCACGGAUGCCCUGCGGAGCAAGGUGGCAGAGCUGGAGAGGGAGCUGAGGAGGAGGGAUGCUGAGAUCCAGGAGCGGGAGUACCACUUGAAGGAGCUGCGCGAGCAGCUGUCCAAGCAGACUGUGGCCAUCGCCGAGCUCACGGAGGAGCUGCAGAAUAAGUGCAUCCAGCUGAACAAGCUUCAGGACGUGGUGCACGUGCAGGGAGGAAGCCUGCCUCAGGCCUCUCCUGAUAAAGUGCUUCUUGAGGUGCACCGGAAGACCUCGGGGUUGGUCUCCUUGCACAGCAGGAGGGGAGCAAAGGCUGGAGUGUCUGCCGAGCCAACAACCCGAACGUAUGACCUCAACAAACCCCCCGAGUUUUCCUUUGAGAAAGCAAGAGUCAGAAAGGACUCCAGUGAGAAGAAGCUCAUUACAGAUGCCCUUAAUAAAAACCAGUUUCUGAAGAGACUGGACCCUCAGCAGAUCAAAGACAUGGUGGAAUGCAUGUACGGCAGGAACUACCAGCAAGGGAGUUACAUUAUUAAACAAGGAGAACCAGGGAAUCAUAUCUUUGUGCUAGCAGAGGGUCGACUAGAGGUAUUUCAAGGGGAGAAAUUGCUGUCAUCCAUCCCUAUGUGGACUACAUUUGGGGAACUAGCCAUUUUAUACAACUGUACAAGGACUGCCUCUGUGAAAGCUAUCACCAAUGUGAAAACAUGGGCUCUAGAUCGAGAAGUUUUCCAGAAUAUAAUGAGGAGGACAGCCCAAGCCAGAGACGAGCAGUACAGAAACUUCCUCAGAAGUGUAUCCUUGCUGAAGAACUUACCUGAAGAUAAAUUAACCAAGAUCAUCGACUGCUUGGAAGUGGAAUACUACGACAAAGGAGAUUACAUCAUUAGAGAGGGUGAGGAGGGAAGUACCUUUUUCAUUUUGGCAAAAGGAAAGGUAAAAGUUACACAGAGUACAGAGGGCCAUGAUCAGCCACAGCUGAUUAAAACGCUAGAGAAAGGAGAAUACUUUGGAGAGAAAGCUCUUAUCAGUGAUGAUGUCAGAUCAGCUAAUAUUAUUGCUGAAGAAAAUGAUGUCGCCUGUCUGGUUAUUGACCGAGAAACGUUCAAUCAAACUGUUGGCACGUUCGAAGAUCUCCAGAAAUACCUUGAAGGGUAUGUGGCAAACCUGAACCGUGAUGAUGAAAAAAGACAUGCAAAGAGGUCCAUGUCUAACUGGAAGCUGUCCAAAGCACUCUCUCUGGAGAUGAUUCAGCUGAAGGAGAAGGUGGCCAGAUUUUCCUCAUCAUCCCCAUUCCAGAACCUUGAGAUUAUCGCAACACUGGGCGUUGGUGGGUUCGGAAGAGUUGAGCUUGUUAAAGUGAAAAAUGAGAAUGUUGCGUUUGCAAUGAAGUGCAUAAGGAAGAAGCACAUAGUGGACACUAAGCAACAGGAGCAUGUCUACUCAGAAAAGAGGAUCUUGGAAGAGUUGUGUUCUCCAUUCAUUGUGAAACUGUAUCGAACUUUCAAGGAUAGCAAGUAUGUCUACAUGCUUCUGGAGGCAUGCUUAGGUGGCGAGCUGUGGAGCAUAUUAAGGGACAGAGGCAGCUUUGAUGAGCCCACCUCCAAAUUCUGCGUAGCUUGUGUAACAGAAGCAUUUGAUUACCUACAUCGACUUGGUAUUAUCUACAGAGACCUGAAGCCAGAAAACUUAAUUCUAGAUGCCGAUGGUUACCUUAAACUGGUUGACUUUGGAUUUGCUAAGAAAAUUGGAUCUGGACAGAAGACAUGGACAUUCUGUGGGACUCCAGAGUACGUAGCUCCCGAGGUCAUUCUUAACAAAGGGCAUGACUUCAGUGUGGACUUUUGGUCACUGGGAAUCCUCGUGUAUGAGCUACUAACGGGCAACCCACCCUUUUCUGGGAUUGACCAAAUGAUGACCUACAAUCUGAUUCUCAAAGGAAUUGAAAAAAUGGAUUUUCCCAGAAAGAUAACCAGACGACCUGAGGAUUUGAUCCGGAGGCUUUGCAGGCAAAACCCAACAGAAAGACUGGGAAAUCUGAAGAAUGGAAUCAAUGACAUUAAGAAACACAGGUGGUUAAAUGGCUUUAAUUGGGAGGGAUUGAAAGCGCGGAAUCUUCCAUCACCCUUACGAAGAGAGCUCAGUGGACCUAUCGAUCACAGCUACUUCGACAAGUACCCUCCUGAAAAGGGAGUGCCUCCAGAUGAACUUUCAGGCUGGGAUAAAGACUUCUGA